GUACAACGAGCGCGCGCCAAGGACUCGUGGGUCUCUGGCGCAAACUGGCGGGCUUCAGGAGCCAAAUUCUUUUCUAAAAGGUCAUCUGCAGAAAUGGCCCCUGUCCUUCACUUUUAUGUCCGCCCCUCUGGCCAUGAGGGGGCAGCAUCUGGACGUGUUUUUCGGAGACUACAAGAGAAACUGCCAACACUUCAGAGUGUGGAGACUGAGCUGUGCUACAAUGUACACUGGGCAGCUGAGACCCUUCCAUGGGCUGAGGAGAUGAAGAAGUUGAUGUGGCUGUUCGGCUGCCCUUUGGUGCGGGAUGAUGUUGCUCAGGAGCCCUGGCUUGUUCCUGGCUCCAACGAUUUGUUGCUGGAGGUGGGACCCAGGCUGAAUUUCUCGACUCCAGCAUCGACCAACAUUGUUUCUGUGUGCCAGGCAGCCGGGCUGAGGGCUGUGGAUCGGGUAGAGACCACCCGACGUUACCGACUUUCGUUUACCGACCACCCUACAGCUGAAAUGGAAGCCAUCUCUCUGGCCGCCUUGCACGACCGGAUGACAGAGCAGCACUACCCUGACCCCAUCCAGAGCUUCUCUCCUCAGAGCAUUCCAGCCCCACUCAAGGGCUCCAUCGACAUACUAGCUGAGGGUCGGCCUGCCCUGGAGAAGGCCAACCAGGAGCUAGGUUUGGCUCUUGACUCCUGGGACCUCGAUUUCUAUACCAAGCGCUUUCAAGAGCUGCAGCGGAACCCCAGUACAGUGGAGGUCUUUGACUUGGCUCAGUCCAAUAGUGAGCACAGCCGACAUUGGUUCUUCAAGGGCCAGCUCCAUGUGGAUGGGAAGAAGCUAGCGCAUUCCCUCUUUGAAUCCAUCAUGAGCACUCAGGCAUCCUCCAACCCUAACAAUGUCCUCAAGUUCUGUGACAACAGCAGUGCAAUCCAGGGGAAGAAAGUCAAAUUCCUGCGGCCGGAGGACUCUACCCGCCCAAGCUGCUUCCAGCAACAGCAGGGGCUUAGACAUGUUGUCUUCACAGCAGAGACACAUAACUUCCCCACAGGAGUGGCCCCCUUCAGCGGUGCAACCACAGGCACGGGUGGCCGCAUCAGAGACGUCCAGUGCACAGGCCGUGGGGCCCACGUGGUAGCUGGCACUGCUGGCUAUUGCUUUGGAAACCUGCACAUCCCAGAUUAUAAUCUGCCCUGGGAGGACCCAAGCUUCCAGUAUCCUGGGAACUUUGCCAGGCCUUUGGAGGUUGCUAUUGAGGCCAGCAAUGGAGCAUCUGACUAUGGCAACAAGUUUGGAGAGCCAGUGCUGGCUGGAUUUGCCCGCUCUUUGGGUCUCCAGCUUCCAGAUGGUCAGAGACGUGAGUGGAUCAAGCCCAUCAUGUUCAGUGGCGGCAUUGGGUCCAUGGAAGCCAAACAUGUAGGCAAAAAGCCCCCAGAGCCAGGCAUGGAGGUUGUAAAGGUUGGAGGUCCUGUUUAUAGGAUUGGAGUUGGGGGUGGAGCUGCUUCGUCUGUGCAGGUCCAGGGAGACAACACCAGUGACCUGGACUUUGGAGCUGUGCAACGGGGAGACCCGGAAAUGGAGCAAAAGAUGAAUCGUGUGAUCCGGGCUUGUGUGGAGGCCCCAGGAGGAAACCCCAUCUGCAGCCUCCAUGACCAGGGUGCUGGUGGCAAUGGCAAUGUCCUAAAGGAGCUGAGUGACCCAGAAGGAGCCAUCAUUUACACCAGCCGCUUCCAGCUAGGUGACCCAACCUUGAAUGCACUGGAAAUCUGGGGGGCUGAGUACCAGGAGUCAAAUGCACUACUGCUUAGGCCCUCUGACCGGGACUUCCUGAGUCGUGCCAGUGCCCGGGAACGCUGCCCAGCUUGUUUUGUGGGCACAAUCACUGGAGACAAGAGAAUUGUACUAGUGGAUGAUCGUGAAUGCCUAGUAGGAAAAACUGGUCAGGGAGAUGCACCCCUGACACCUCCAACCCCUGUAGACCUGGACCUUGACUGGGUGCUGGGAAAGAUGCCUCAGAAGGAGUUCUUCCUCCAGAGGAAACCCCCUGUGCUGCAGCCUUUGGCUUUGCCCCCAGAACUGAGUGUGCGACAGGCUCUGAACCGGGUCCUAAGGCUGCCUGCUGUGGCCAGCAAACGCUACCUCACCAACAAGGUGGAUCGCUCUGUGGGUGGCCUUGUUGCCCAACAGCAGUGUGUCGGACCCCUGCAGACUCCUCUGGCUGAUGUGGCUGUUGUAGCACUGAGCCACCAGGAGUGCAUAGGGGCUGCCACAGCCCUGGGAGAGCAGCCAGUCAAGAGCCUGCUGGACCCCAAGGCUGCUGCCAGGCUUGCUGUGUCUGAGGCCCUCACCAACCUGGUGUUUGCUCUGGUCACCGACCUCCGAGAUGUGAAGUGCAGUGGGAACUGGAUGUGGGCAGCCAAGCUCCCAGGUGAGGGUGCAGCGCUGGCUGAUGCCUGUGAGGCUAUGGUGGCAGUGAUGGCAGCACUGGGUGUGGCAGUAGAUGGUGGCAAAGACUCCCUCAGCAUGGCUGCCCGGGUCGGCACUGAGACGGUGCAGGCUCCUGGGUCACUGGUCAUUUCAGCAUAUGCUGUCUGUCCAGACAUCACAGCCACUGUGACCCCAGACCUCAAACAUCCUGGUGGGAAAGGUCAUUUGCUUUAUGUGCCUUUGAGCCCCGGGCAGCACCGGCUGGGAGGAACGGCUCUAGCCCAGUGUUUCUCCCAGCUUGGGGAGCACCCUCCUGAUCUAGACCUUCCCGAGAACCUUGUGCGUGCCUUUCAUAUCACCCAGGGGCUGCUGAAAGAAUGCCGUCUUUGCUCAGGCCAUGAUGUCAGCGAUGGGGGGCUUGUCACCUGCCUUCUAGAGAUGGCCUUUGCUGGGAACUGUGGGAUAGAGGUAGAUGUACCUGCCCCUGGGAUCCAUGCAUUGCCUGUGCUGUUUGCGGAAGAGCCCGGUCUGGUGUUGGAGGUACAGGAGGCAGAUGUGGCCGGAGUACGGCAGAGGUACGAGAGUGCUGGCCUACGGUGUCUGGAACUGGGCCACACAGGCGAGGCUGGACCCCAGGCCAUGGCCCGAAUAUCAGUGAAUAAGGCUGUGGUAGUAGAGGAGCCUGUUGGGGAGUUAAGAGCCCUCUGGGAGGAAACAAGUUUCCAGCUGGACCUACUGCAGGCAGAGCCACGCUGUGUGAUAGAGGAGAAACAGGGCCUGAAGGAGCGGACAGGGCCCAGCUACUACCUGCCGCCCACCUUUCCUGUGGCCUCUGUGCCCUGUAAACCUGGUGGACCCGUCCCUCGAGUUGCCAUCUUGCGAGAAGAGGGCAGCAAUGGAGACCGAGAAAUGGCUGAUGCCUUUCACUUGGCAGGCUUUGAGGUGUGGGAUGUGACCAUGCAAGAUCUCUGCUCUGGGGCCAUCAGGUUGGACACAUUCCGUGGUGUGGCCUUUGUGGGCGGCUUCAGCUACGCAGACGUCCUGGGCUCUGCUAAAGGUUGGGCAGCUGCGGUGACCUUUAAUCCACAGGCCAGGGAAGAGCUGGGCCGAUUCCGAAGGCGGCCGGACACCUUCAGCCUGGGCGUGUGUAAUGGCUGUCAGCUGCUGGCUCUUCUGGGCUGGGUGGGAAGUGAUCCCAGUGAAGAGCAAGCUGAGCCAGGCCAGGACUCCCAGCCAACACAGCCGGGCCUCCUGCUCCGCCACAAUCUGUCUGGGCGGUUCGAGUCCCGAUGGGCCACCGUACGUGUGGAGCCGGGGCCAGCCCUGAUGCUCCGAGGGAUGGAAGGCUCUGUGCUGCCCGUGUGGAGUGCUCACGGGGAAGGCUACAUGGCAUUUUCUUCUCCUGAACUCCAAGCCAAGAUCGAGGCCAAGGGCCUGGUUCCUCUGCACUGGGCAGACGAUGAUGGGAACCCCACAGAGCAGUACCCUCUGAACCCCAAUGGAUCUCCAGGGGGCAUAGCUGGUAUCUGUUCCCAAGAUGGCCGACACCUGGCACUCAUGCCGCACCCUGAGCGGGCUGUAAGGCUUUGGCAGUGGGCAUGGCGACCCUCUCCCUUUGAUGUUCUUCCCACCUCCCCGUGGCUGCAGCUCUUCAUCAAUGCUAGGAACUGGACCCAGGAGGACAGCUGCUGAGGAGGCCGCAUGACCACCCUGGCCCACAGCUCACCCUUUGACUCCGUUGCCUUCUUUCCCCAUUGCUUUCAGGAGUAUCCCAUGUGAUUUCCAAAAGCAUCUUAGCAAGAACCAAAAUGCUGGGAUGACCUCAGCUGCAUUGCUCAUUUUAGCCUUGCCCCUGCAAGAGCUGCUUUCAGCUCUUGAGUUUAACAUGGAUCUUCAGCAAGCGGCUCAGGCUCCGAGGACAGCUGACAGGCAGAGGGGUGGGCAGAGAUUUACUGGCAGCCCUCCCGGGAUCAUCGCCUUGUGAUCCUUCAUUCUCUUGGUUAGAGCUCUGAGUGAGCUCUCACAUCCUCGUUUUCUUUGGCUUUGUGAGAUCGGCUUUCAGUCUAUAGCCCAGGCUGGCCCUAAACUCAGAAUUCUUUUGCGUUACCCCGGGUGAGUUGCCAAGGCGCUUGGCAUUGGCUUAGGGUCUAGGAAUAAUGUACAUCAGUCCCUCCCAGCCUCUGCCCAGCUGAAAAGAGCAGCUUUCCGGAUCCCUUUUCAGACAUGCACUGCUAGUUGUUAGGAAUCAUUGCUUCUGUCCAUGCUCAAGGCGCUGACCUGUGCCUAUCUCAGAUCACAUUCCUGAUUCUUGCUUCUCUUAAUUUAGCAGCCACCUUACAGUAGUUGAUACCUUCCUUCUUAGAGCAGAGAGCCCUGGAGCUUGUUUUUUGUUGUUUUGGCUUUUCAAGACAGGGUUGGGUUUUUGUUUUUGUUUUUGUUUUUUGGGUUUUUUUGUUUUGUUUUGUUUUUAUGUGUGUAUAGCCCUGGCUGUCCUGGAACUUAUGUUGUAGACCGGCUGGCCUCGCACUCAGAGAUCCAUCUGAGUGCUGGGGUUAAGGCAUGUGCGACUACUGCCUGGCCAUUCAUUUUUCUUCUUGUUGCUUGAUCAGUAGUGGUGCCUGACAUUGGUACUGACCUAAUGGAGUUUGUAGUCUUUUUUUUUUUUUUUUUUUUUUUUUUUUGGUUUGGUUUGGUUUCAGGCAAGGUCUCUCUGUGUAGCCCUGGCUGUCCUGGAACUCACUUUGUAGACCAGGCUGGCCUCGAACUCAGAAAUCCACCUGCCUCUGCCUCCCGAGUGCUGGGAUUAAAGGCAUGCGCCACCACGCCCGGCUUGUUUGUAGUCUUAAUAGGAUUGAAAUAAUAAUAGCUCCUUAGCUUGUACUGCCAACCUAAAUAGGUGCUGGGUAACUUAUGUGUCUAUCAUAAAGAUUAAGGUAUUUGAGAGGUGUUUCCCAGUUAACAAAGCAAAGUUUAGUGAUAAACUGUCUAUGAUUGGUUCCAACUUAAAAUGAACAGCAAGGCGCCCUACCCACCCAGCUACAUCUGCCUGUGAAGAUCCUGCAGUCACAGAUCACGUCUUGGUAGUAGCUGUUGUACCGACAGCCACCUUCAUCAUCCGUUGCUUCCUACUUACUUGUACGGUAGACUCGGGUAGCCCCCUAAGAAGCUCGAUGUCAUGAUUAAAGGAGUUUCCUUAUAAAAACAGACUAGCAUGUUGGAUUUCUAAAUAUUUCAGGGUUUGGGGGAAUGCAGAACACUUGUGCUUCUGCAGAAGUAGCACCCCAAGAAGGUACUAAUGGUGAAUAGGUGUUAAGCUGCAGGUUGUAUGUCCAUCUGAGUAUUAGAACACUUGCCUAGUAUCUGUGUUUCCUGAGUUUGAUUCCCGUCCAGCACCACCAAAGGAAGAUAUUUGGAGAUGGGAAGUCAGAUCUUUCUCCGUUUUGCAUUGCAAAGUAACUUUUCCUAACUAGAGUGAUUCUAAGGAUUUUGUUUGUAUUUUCGAGACCCAUAUGAUGUUCUGGCUGGCUUUGAACUCAUAGCUGAGAGUAAUCUUGAAAUCCUGGUCUUCUACCAAGUGCUGUGUUCUGACCUAAGUACCAUUUUGGACAUGUGAACAUUCCCUUUGAUGCUGUGGAAGAAUAUAUAUUUUGCUUAUGGUGGUACAUGCCUUUUAUCCCAACACUUAGGAGAUAGGGGCAGGUGGAUCUUUGUAAGUUCAAGGCCAGCCUAGUGAGUUCCAGGCUAGUCAGGACACUGUCUCAAAUUUAUAUAUUUAAAGUAUUUAUGAAAGUAUUUUUGUAAGCCUGAGUAGGCAAGAUGGCUUAGUGCAGAAGUUUUCAACCUUCCUAAUGCUGUAACCCUGUAAUACAGUUCCUCAUGUUAUUGUGGGCACAACCAUAAAGUUUUGGUUGCUAUUUUAUAACUGUAGUUUUGCUGCUAUUAAAAAUCAUAAUG